AUGACUUUAAACUCAAUUGUUUUAAUAUAUACUUCAAAUGCAAUUGUGGCUGAGAGCAAUACUGACUUGCUUAUUUUGCUUGGAAAAGUAGAAAAAUCAGUUCAAGGAAUAGCUCAUAAUGCUAGAGGUGUAGGUGUACUUGCGGGAAGUUCACAAGAACUGGUAGAUUAUUCUUACAAUCAAAUUAUUAGUUAUAUGAAAGUUUUAGAAGAAACUCAUCAAAAUAUAACGAAUAAUUUAAAUGAAUGGAAUACAUGUGGAGGAAAUGAUGCAUUCACAAAUGAAAAUGCUCCGAUUUGAGAAAAUUUUGAUGGGAUUUAUAUAAAGGAAGCCAAUUUGAUUGAUGCUGUUUCACAAUUUAUUAAUGUUGUAACUGAUAUACAGGGAAAUAUUUUUCUUGAUAAAUAUAAUAAUAAGCAAAAUGAUGCAAAAGAAGUCAAAUUUAUCAAUUUAAAUGGUCUAAGCCAAAUUUUCAAUUAUUGCAACAGCUCUUUAUACACCUUUACUGAUUGCAUUAUGAAUAACUCAAAAGAGCUCGAAUCCUGAAUGAAUAUAUUGCUGGUCGUUGGCUUUGCAAAUUUAGUUAUUUGCUUACUCCCCCACUCCCAUGAGCCUGUAAAACAUUUUAAAAAGUCCAUGUUUUAUUUAGAUAUAAAAAUUUUUGGUAAUUUAGUUCAAUUUUAAGAGCUUAAAAUCUAAAAUAUAAAAUUUUACGAAUUGAAAUCUACAAUAAAAUUUAUAGAGCCUCACCCAAAUUUUGGGAAGACUAUUGAGCAGCAUGAAAACCCCUUCAAUACCUAAAUACCUAGUCUUGAUAAUAAAAAAUAUAAGAGAUAUUGCAGCAUUUCACUUCUAUACAGAAUUUUUAUAUGUUUGGCAAGUUUGGAUAAUAUUUUUGUAUUAAAUUUAAAAAAAAAAUAUGUUUACUCCUUUGCAGAUCUUUAAGGAAAAUGGAUUUUAAAAGAAAGCAACUGAUUAAAAUUCUAACUCCCCCCCCAUCCUUGAUCGAACGAUUGACUGUAAAAAUUCCUAAAAAUUGGGGAAAUUAACCCCCAUCCUUGAUCGAACGAUUUUCAUAUCAUGCAAAUUUUUAUAUAUAUAAAAAUAUAUUAGUUAUCAAAAGCUUGGGAAGAUGCACCUAAUGAAGUUGUUUUCAGAGCUUUGAGACGACAGAAAGCUACGGAAUCAACAAUUCGAAGUGAUUUAGUUAUCAACCUAGGCUUAAAAACUCAAUAAUCUAAUAAAAAAGAGAUUCUGUAAAUUUAAAAAAAAAAAAUAAUUCAAUAAGGAACAAAUUAAAAUUUAUACGGUUUAAAAGGGUAACUAAUAAAUCAAAAUAUUAAAAAUUGAUAUUUUAUGAAAUUAAUUCAAUUUUUUGCUGUAAAAAUAAUUAUUAAAUACUCUUAACCCUCUUAUUUAAAAGUAAUAAAAAAACAAUUUAUAUAUAUAUUUUUUUAUUUUUAUAUAUAAUGUUUUUUUCCCAAAAAAAAUUUUUUUAAACCCCCAUCCUUGAUCGAACGAUGGCGAGUCGUUUGAUCAAGGAUGGGGGGGGGAGUAAGAAAAUUUAUAUUCAAAAUUAAAUUUAAAAAUUUUAUCUUAUAUAUCCUAUUUGUCAGUUUAAAAAAUUUGACUUUUCAGAAUUUUUCUUUAAAUGUAUUUUUCCUCAGAAAUCAAAAGAGGAGUCGGAUGCUAUAUAUAUUGUUUUAUAUGAAAAUAAGUUAUUUUGAUGCUAGAUAUUGCAUGUAACUAUGAUACAUAAUUAUGCUUAUUUGUGUCUAUUCAUUAUAAAAAGAAUUCAACUGGAUUCAUGAUAAAGUGCGAUAAUAAAAUGAAAUUCAGUGUAUUUCUCUAUUAAUCAUUUAUAUAGUAGGUAUGAAAUGAAGUAUUAAAUAUAUUUUUAAGCCUGCUUAAAUUGCGUUUUAAAAGUUUAUCAGCAAAAAUUUUUGCAAUAUCUCUUAUUUCUUAUUAUCGGGUAGGGCGCUAUAUAUAUAAAUAUUCAAUCCUUUCGUGAGAGAGCCAAUAUUUUUUGCUUACUCAAGGAGGGGCGGGGUUAGUAAUUACAAUGUUUUUUGCUAGAUAUAGCAUAAUUGCAGAAAAUAACUUAUGAAAUAAAAUUAAAAAGAAUGCAUCCAAGAAUUAUGAGCAUCUUAAAAAAAAUUAUUUUGAUAGGCUUUCAGAAAUGCAUGGACAAAACAAUAUUUUAUUUUCUGACACAAAGAAAAUCAGUGAAAUCGGAAACUUUAAAAACCAUUGAAAAUAUUUUUGGAGAAAUUCAGUUUAUUUCAUUUUAGCUUUGGCUUUUUUUUUAGUAAACUAUCUUUAUUUGUAUCAAAAUUGCGUAGAAUAUUUGCAUUUAAGGCCAAGUCUUCUUAGAACUAUAGAAAUUUACCUUCUAUUGUCCAAUAUGGCUGAUAAUUAUAAUUAAUAUGGCUAAAUAAAGCUAAACUCCUAUAUAAUAAAUUCCCAAGUUCUAUAUAAAUCUUUAAUUGUUUGGACAAGUGAGUUUUCAAUAUCAACAACUCCAAUUGCUUUACCUAUUUAUUUAUCUGGCGUUUACCCAUUUUCUAAUGAAUUAUCUUGCUUGAACAAUGUAAUAUCUUCAUUGCUAAAUUCUGAAAGAGAAAUAAGAAAUAAAAAAUAUUCUCCAUUGCUUUCUGACAAGUUUAGUGAAGUCUUUUAUGAAAAUACACGAAAUAUAGCAAAAAUUGGAGAUUAUGGAGUUUACACAGCUGGAGCAUUGCUACCUUUUGAAGCUUAUUAUUUAGAUUUUUCAGGUUUAGACAAUUAUCUUGAAGUUUGGUUUAAAUUAGUUAAAGAAAUAAACGCUUUGGACAGUGAGUAUGAUUUAUUGGUAGAUUUAGCAGAUAAAGACUCACAAAAUGCUAUUAUGCAGCAAUUGCGGUGAAUUGCAAUAACCUUGGGUAUUUUUAUUGUAUGCUCAUGAAUUUUAUAUUUUGUUUUUUAUUUACCGUUUUUAUUAAAAGAACAAAAAAAGCUCGAAAAUAUGACACUCAUUGCGAAGCUAAUUCCUAAUAAAUAUUUUAAAUAA